AAACUCGAGGUAUGUGCCAGUUGAAAAAAUAAUUAAUUCUUUUCGAAGGCGACAACUAUUUUACUUUCCGAUUGAAGGUAACCACGAGCUUUCGACUCAUGAUCGAAUUUAAGUCGGGGAAAGGCGACGAGCGAGAGACGUUCUUCGACGGAGUCAUCGGUUUUGAAGAUUCAGCUUGCGAGGAAGGGGUCUUAAAUUACCUUAAAUAAGCAGAGGGUGAAACCUGGGGCCCGCCGGUGCUCUCGUCGGCCCUGACGCCCCCUCCAGACGUCUCGGUGCUUCCAGCGCACUCACCACACUCAACGGAUUGAGGUGUGGCCGCGAAGGGCAGCCAUUUUCUUGACUAUCUGUCGCUUAAGAUUUCAGAGACGGAGAAAGAAAGACUAAAAGCAUGGGAUGCAUUGUGGGCCGAAGCCUCGGUCCAGACGAUACAGGGUACCCUGGAUCAGGAUUCAUGGCGGCCAUCCGGAAGAAGCUGGUGAUCGUGGGCGACGGAGCCUGCGGUAAAACUUGCUUACUGAUAGUCUUUAGCAAAGACCAAUUCCCCGAAGUCUACGUACCCACUGUCUUUGAGAACUAUGUGGCCGACAUCGAGGUGGAUGGUAAACAGGUGGAGUUAGCCCUUUGGGACACGGCCGGGCAAGAGGAUUACGACAGAUUGCGCCCGCUGUCCUAUCCGGACACGGAUGUCAUUCUAAUGUGUUUCUCGAUCGACAGUCCCGAUUCCUUGGAGAAUAUUCCUGAAAAGUGGACGCCCGAGGUGAAACACUUUUGUCCGAACGUCCCCAUUAUCCUCGUGGGGAACAAGAAGGAUUUACGCAAUGACCCUCAGACCAUGAAGGAACUGGGGAAAAUGAAGCAGGAACCGGUCAAGCCAGAAGAGGGUCGCGCCAUGGCCGAGAAAAUCAAUGCCUUCGCUUAUUUGGAGUGCUCCGCGAAAAGCAAAGAAGGAGUAAGGGAAGUUUUUGAAACGGCGACCAGAGCCGCUCUACAAGUAAAGAAGAAGAAGAAGGGCAGGUGUAGGCUUCUCUAAGGUGUGACGCCGUGUGCGGGCCGGACGAGAGAGAAAAAAAAACGGAAUUGGAAAAAAAUAAGUACCGAUCGUAUUGUCGGGGCAUGAUAAACAUAAUAUUAAUAAUCUUACAAUAUUUUACAUAAUAAACAGAUAGCAACACAACCGCCUCGUUAGGUAACACGAGGUGUUCCGAGUACCAUUAAGUUUGCGUUAUACCGGUCGCGCUACGUGUGUGUAUAUGAUAUAAUUGUGUGCGAAUGCGAUGCGUGAGUGCGUGUCCGCGUACACGCGCGAGAAUCGGACGCGCGCGCGUGUAUGCGAUGUGCGAGUGGGUAAUAUUCGUAAACUAUUGUAUUUUUCAUUCAAACUUACUGAAUCGUGCUUCGAUUUUGAGGAAUUAAAAGAGAGAGAGAGAGAGAAAGAGGGAGAGCAAAAAGGAAAAAGAGGAACACGAAAGAUGAAAAGAACUAAACAAUUGUCAUACAAACUACAUUAUACUGCGACACUUAAUAUUGUCUUUGUCAUUAUAGCUAUUAUAUAUAUACAUAUAUA